CGCCGCCACCGGAGCACCACCGCCGCCACCGGAGCACCACCGCCGCCGCCGGAGCACCACCUCCUGCCGGAGCACCACCGCCGGUGAAACAACUUUUACAUGGCCGAGACUAACGGAGUAAAUUCAAAUUCACAAGAGGUUCCGUUACUAGAUUUUGGAAGCGAUGGUAUUAAUUAUAAUCCAAAAUUCGUAACUUCUGAAAUAUUUUCGAGUGAUGAUGCUGCUGUUGAGUGGGCUAGAAACAUUGCUAUUAGCAAUGGUUUUAAGCUUGUGAAGUCCUCAUGGAAACGAGGAGAAUUGUACUUGAGAUGUAACCGCGGUGAAAGAAAUAGAGGCAAAGGAAGAAAUUUGGAAACUGCGGAACAACCAAACACGAAAACUCAAGCAUGUGGUUGCAAGUUUUUGAUUAAGGUGGCACCAUGCAAAGAUGGUGAAGGUUGGAAUAUUGUUUUGGGUCCUGAACAACAUAGUAUUCACAACCAUGAAUUAAUUACAUAUCGAGAGUGCAAUCGGCAGAUGAGCAGCCUUAGUCUAGGCGCAAAGCAACUUGUUCGUGAUAUGUCUUCCGCUCAAGCAAGGCCAAAUGUCAUAUUGGCGGCUAUCCAAGAACAAUUCCCUGAGGAGAACCCCAAUAGAAGACACAUCUACAAUUUUAGAGAUCGAAUGAGGAGGAAUGAUGCAGAAGGAAGAGAUAGUAUAAGUCAAUUUCUUCAUCUUGCUAAAGAGAGUGAUUACUUGCACUACAUUAGGGAGGAGGCUCAUGUCGUGACACAUGCAUUCAUGGCACACCCUACAUCGGUGAAAUUGUUACGCACAUAUCCAUGGGUCAUUGGCAUGGAUUCUACGUACAAGACGAAUAUAUACAAGAUGCCAUUCCUUGAAAUUUGUGGGGUUACACCGUGUAACAAGAAUUUUCUCAUUGCAUAUGCAUUCAUGAAGGACGAGACUGCUGAAAGCUACGGGUGGGUGUUAGAUAAACUAAGGUUGUUGCUUGGUAAUGAGGUACAUCCAACAGCAAUUGUGACAGAUCGUGAGUUAGGUCUUAUGAGACCUAUUCGCGAAAUCUUUCCUCGCUCCAAACACUUACUUUGUUCGUGGCAUAUCAACAAGGAUGUAGAGGCGGCUGUGGGGAAUAUAUGUGGAAAUAAAAUCAUGGGUGAGAGAUUCAAGAAUGGAAAAUGGAAGAGAAUAAUGGAGGCUCCAACUAGUGUUGAGUAUGAUCUAGCUGUGUUGAACAUGCAGGAUUCCUGGCGGGAAGGUAAUUGA